AUGCUAUCACAAGUUCAUGAAAGAUUGUUUGGCACUUUUGUUAUCUCUUUACUUUUACUGGAACCUCUUCCGUGGGAUCGCCAUUUUCGAAGAGGCGGUUUCGAUGCACAGUGCAUAAAAGAACACAGGAUGUCUAAUAGCAGUAUAAGAGGUGCCCGAGUGGCAAAAAAUCAUAUGUACAUCUGCAGACAGACAGUAUAUAUUAGGCAAGCAUUUAGAGCUUUUGGGACGUUCGGUUCAAGAUAUAGCUCGCAGGGAAAAGAGUUCAAUAGAGUAUUUCGGUUGGAAAGAGAGAUGACCAAGGAGGAAAAAGAGACUGAGGCAGGAAUAAUGGCGUGGUUAUCACAGUGGAACCGUUGUAAACGGGAGGAGCAGUUGAAAGAUUUCGAGGAUCGAAUCAUGGAAACAGUAGAAGUGGCAGGCACAAAAGAGAAUUCUAUGAAAUUCAAUGAAAUUAAUGAGUGGCAUUUUCAUAAUGCAGCCGCUACUGAUAUAACAACACCGACUCUUUUGAUUCACGGAUAUGCGGCCUCGUCAAUGGCAUACUACAGGUCCUUCAGCAAACUGACACAGAAGAUAAGAGAUCUUUAUGCAAUCGAUUUACCCUCUUUUGGCGUAUCAGCCGAGGUACCACUUGUUCUUAAUCCGGAUAAGCUGCUGCCACUCAAAUUGAAGCAUUUGGAUGAAGAUAAAUUCAAAAUACCAUAUGUGAUUGAUUCGCUGAAAACCAAGCUAGCCAUUCAGCAAGUUGAGGAUUAUUAUGUAGACAGUAUUGAGAGAUGGAGGAAAGAGAACAAGAUUGAUAAAUUCAAUCUUGUGGGCCAUUCUUUUGGUGGGUACAUAUCUUUCAAGUAUGCGAUCAAGUAUCCCGACAGUGUUUUAAAUCUCUGCCUUCUGUCACCUUUGGGUGUAGAGAGUAAUGUCCAUUCUGUCAACAACGAUCUUCAAAAUGAUACGGUGUAUAAUUUCCAUUACGAAGAUUUUUCCUCAAAGUUCUACAAUAAGAGAAGAGAAAUUCCCAGCUUCAUAUUCAAUAAUCAAUCAGAUGUAUUAAGAUGGAUGGGCCCUGUGGGUGCAAGACUUUGUUGGGGUUAUGUGAAUUCUGCCUACAAAGCAAUACCAACGAUGGAAUACAAACAAUACGUCUUUGAGUUGUUGUAUGGAAAGGGCGGAAUACCCAAAACGGCAAGAACUACAUUCACUAAACUUUUCACUAGGAAUCUCCUCGCUAGAGAUCCUAUAAUGGAUUCACUGAGGCAAUUGCGUGCCAAAAAAGUGUUGCUUGUGUAUGGCGAUCAUGAUUGGAUGAACAAAUAUGCCGGUGCCCUGAUGGUGAAGCGUCUUAAUGAGAUGAGAAAUAACACCAGCGCCGAGUAUAUCGAAGUUCCAGAUGCAGGCCAUAAUCUGUUCUUACAAAAUCCAAAUUAUUUCAGUUCCUCACUAACAAAAUUCUUGGCCAAAGAAUGA